GACGUUAAACAGUGCAAAACGCGAAUUCUAUUUGGUGAUAAAACAGACUUUGAACAGUAUAAAACGCGAAUUACAGUUGAUGAUAAAAACAAACGUUGAUAGGAGAGUACAAAAGCAGAAUUAUAUUUAAUGAUGAAACCACACAUUGAUGGGAGAGUAUAAAACGCGAAUUCUGUUUGGUGAUGAAAGUAAAUGUUGAUGGGAGAGUAUAUAACACGAAUUCUAUUAGGUGAUGAAAACAGACGUUGUAGGGAGAGUAUAAAACGCGAUUUUUAUUUGGUGAUAAAAACACACGUUCGUGGGAGAGUACAAAACGCAAAUAUAAUUUGGUGAUGAAAACAGACAUUGAUGGGAGAGUAUAAAGCGCGAAUUCUAUUUGGGGAUGAAACGAAUCCGUCUCUUGUGGAAUAGCGCCGGCAGCUCCAGUCGGGAAAGCGAGUCAGAUUUUGAAGAGGUUCAAGAAACUGAAAAGGAAAUUGAGCUGACAGACGAACAAAAAUCAGAACUUAGGGAGGCGUUUUGUCUGUUCGAAAAAGCCGGCAAGGGUCGGAUUCACGUACGCGACCUGGGGGGAUUACUGCGAUCACUCGGGAUGAACCCAUCAGAGAGAGAUCUAGAGGAGGCAAGACAUGAACUCGAGGUUUCCAAAGGUCGAGGGACUAUUUCUCUGCCGGACGUGGAGCGAUACAUCGCACGUCGUGGCUGCACGUUCAUUGGAUACGACGAGGAGGACGACAUCCAUGCCGCCUUCCAGGUACUCGACCGCAACGGAAACGGCCGAAUUGAUAUUGACGAGUUCCGCCGAUUCAUGACGACAAUGGGCGAGCGAAUGUCUGCAGACGAAGUGGAAGAUCUGAUAAAGUGCGCCAAGAAAGAGGGCCAGUGUUUUAUAGAGUAUAAAGAUGUAGUCCGAGCUAUACACAGUCUAGGAACCUGACCUCCCUCAACUUUUGUGACGUCACAAUGAGCAGAGAACAUUGUUUACCGGUACCAUACCACGUGAUGAGAUGUGGUGUUCGACGUUUUGAGCACUGACGAAAUGUCACUUAGAGAUGGACGUGUUCACGAACUGCAUGGCACAAACACUGACUCGAAAUCGCAGACUUGGAUAGGCCAUUCAAGUGAACGGCAUGGCGUUGUUUAGAAUAUUAAUGUGUCUGAGAAAUCAUUAUAUAUUAUUUUGUUUCCCUUCAAACUGAAUGUUGUUACGGUUUUUACCUUCAUGUCCUCUUAUUUAAUUAUAAAUAACAGUGCAUUUACAGUUUUAAAAUGUGUGAGUUUACAUGGAAGUAACGUAAGCUAAGCUAGGUUAAAAUGAUUAAUAUAAGAGAUACAAAUGUUUUUGUACCAUUGCCAUAAAACUGAUAAGCACCUGGUACCAACGGCAAAACGCACAUACCUAACACAUAUACCAGUUCUACAUCCAGACCUUUAGCAUUUGAUAUGCGUGAGCGAUUAUUAGUUAUGCAAUUGUUAUUUCCACGAAGGAGGGGUUGGGGUGCGAAUUCAUACCAUUUCUGCAAUGCGUUUUUCAGUGCACGUUUGUGUGGAUAAUUUCUGACCAUUUUACUUUAAAUCCACUUACAAAAGAGAGGGGCUAUAUUCGACUGUUUGUGUUCCGAGACCAGUUCAGGACGUUUCGGCGGCUGAGCAUAAUUAACUAAAUAAAGCUAUUGCUAAGUGCGUGCAUGUGUUAACGUAAACCGUAUGAAGAUGUUUUAUAGUGUAGGUUUGUUAUUGAUAUCAUUAAGCUUUUCUCUAAAGCCAAUCACACAACAGGAGCUGAAUUCACAAAACAUCGCGCGUGUAAGUUAUCUGUCAGACGUGGAUAAAUACUCGUGUAUUCGAUAUAUAUAUAUAUAUAUAUAUAUAUAUAUGACAUUUUCAGUGCAAUCAAAGUAUGUGAUAUUUUUCAGAUCACAUACCUUAAGAAUUUGAUAACUUUGCAAAUUAGAUGUAAAUUAGUCGAGGUCCCGGCACUAGGUUUAUUGACAUUUAAGCAAACGGACUUGGGUGACACUUCAUGAUUGACAUAUGCAUUCAUAGUCAUCAAAUAAAGCUUUCAGAAAAUUUAAAAAAAAAAAAAUGUUAGGCAUAACUUUAUUUUGAUGUAAGUACAUCCAAAAUGACGUCAUUCGAGUUUGGCGUC